AUGAGACAAAAAAGAGCUAAGUCCUACAGAAAGCAGAUGCUCGUGUACCAGCACACCUUCAAGUUCAGGGAACCAUACCAAACAAUUGUCCAUAGUGAUCUCGUAACCUUGUGCCAAAGCGCUUCUUUCGAUGUUGCAAAAGGCAUAAAUCGAACUAUUCAAGCCGAGAUCAAACCUAUGAUCACCCAGUGUUGCAUGCAAGCUCUCUAUAGCACAAAAAACCAAGAUGCGAUCGAAAUAGCCAAGAAAUUCGAGAGAAGACGAUGUAAUCAUCCUCCAAAAGCUCCACUUGAUCCAUCCGAAUGCAUCGAAUCAAUAGUCAAUGUUGAUGGGAAAAACAAGCAUCGCUAUAUUGUAGCCACCCAGGACUACGAAUUGCGCAAGAAACUUCGCCAAGUGCCAGGAAUUCCACUUGUAUAUAUGAACAGGUCGGUGAUGGUGAUGGAACCAUUGUCGAAGAAAUCAGCCCAAAUUUCUGAAUCUUUGGAGACGUCCAAGUUAACGGGAGGAUUGAAUGAUGCCAAAAAUGCCGGCAUUGUUCCAAAAGAUGUUCCUGAGGGUAAAAAGAGAAAGGGUCCAAAGGCACCUAAUCCUCUCAGUGUCAAGAAAAAGAAGGUUGAGGCAACCGAAGCCUCCGACGCACCUAAGAAACGCAAAAGACGUCAUAAAAGCAGCAAAGCCGGCGAAAACCAUGAAGAACAAUCGAACGAGUCGAACGCAUCAACCGAGUCGAACGAAUCGAAUGAAGCACAAUCGAUAAGCUAA